AACCAAAACAGAACAGAUAGCAACAGAUAGCGCGUGCGCACGUAGUUCUGACGAAAUACGUACUCGUUAAAUGUAAAUAUUCAAUGUUAGAAUAACAAAUGUAUAAUACGGUUGAGUGUCAUCAUACGUUGAAAUUGUAAGCGAAUAUUGCUGGUUUAUUGAAGCUCAAAUCUCUGUCACGUAUACCGCGUUCGUGCGUACAAGCCAAACUCGAUCCAUAAAGGAAAGUUAGGUUAUGACGUCACCGCAGCCAUAUUUUGUCGUCACAACAUGGUGCCGUGAUCAGCUGGGUGUUGUGUAGUGUGCUGCGAUGCCCGUCUUUAGAAAAGUUGUUAAGGACACCGUUUAUCUUCUCGAAUAUGUAUAACGAAGGCUGGAACUAUCUGACGCCAUUUUUCAAUGCAUUUAAGUUUCACCGACGCAGUUACCACACAGAUUUGAAGAGUGACCGAAAUUACGGAGGUAUAAUGGCUCCAGAUAAACCAGAUGCUGGCGAUGUCGAAGGCACGGUUGGCCUACCGAUUACUCGAGUAUUUAGUUGCGGAGAUGCAGCUUACGUUUUGAAAGAGGGAGACAACGCUAGCGUAUUUAGUGAAUCAAAUUUGGUUGAUGGGAUCCAUGAGGAAGUCGGCAUAAUUGAUAAAUCUGUAGAAAAGACCAAUCAUUCGGACGAUGAUUUGACCUCUCUCAGCUGGCUGCAUCAACAGAAUUUAUUAAAAGGCUUAGAAAUUUCUAGACCUGCAAAAGACUUGCAAACGACAAUAAAUUUGAACAAUAAUGUUUGCGAUGACACUGCUGACUUAUCAGAAAACACAAAUUCCAUUUCAAGUUUAGAUGAUGGCUACUCUCCAGCUGUCGAGGGUAACAUAAAAAUACAUAAUACAAAUUUAAUGCUGAUUCAGGGGCAAAAUUGCCAAAAUACAAGCAAAAGUUACCAGAAAUCAGUGCAGAUUUAUCAGGAGUCGGUAAAAAACCACUACAAUUCGGUACAAAAUAAUCAGGCAAAGAUAUCUUUGAGUAACAACAAUUUGCCAGUGUCGAAUCGUAACAAACAUCCAACUCACAUACCUUACGAUCCUCAUUUGCACAGGAACAGUAAACCGCCAUAUUCUUUUUCCUGUUUAAUAUUCAUGGCGAUUGAAGACAGUCCUGUCAAAGCACUACCUGUCAAAGAAGUUUAUGCAUGGAUCUUGGAUCACUUUCCAUACUUCAGAAACGCACCUACAGGCUGGAAGAACUCUGUUAGGCACAAUUUGAGCCUGAACAAAUGUUUUCGCAAAGUAGAGAAAGCGCCGAACUUGGGAAAAGGAUCGUUGUGGAUGGUUGAUGCACAGUAUCGUCCAAAUCUGAUACAAGCAUUAUCCAGAGCGCCUUUUCCUCCAUUAACUGCUCAGAACCUCUCUUCACCUGAAAAAAUUCCUAGAAAAAAUGCUAGUGCACGUCUGCCGGAUCCAGUUUUAUUCCCAUACUUGUCAAAACGUCUUGCUUCUAGUAAUAUAGGGGAUAGUCCGGAGGCUGAGAUCGACAGCGAUGUAGAUGCUGCAGCAGCUGCUAUGUUAUCCUUCAAGCAUGGACCGAUUAUCUUAAGUCAUAACAAAGACCGUAAAAGAAAAUUGGUAGAAACAGAUAAGCUAGUACCAAUAAUUACUAGGAGCUCGAGCGAAGACCACACUUAUAGCUGUAUUACAUCAAUCAAAUUAGAAAGUAAGAGGUGCGGGGGCUCAGAUGUGGCCGGCACAGAUUUUGACGAGCAACGAAAAAUAGCAGAGGGUGCUGAUGCGCUUUUAAACUUGGCAGGAGUUAGUACACCUCUUAUUCAAGGAAGAUUGCAGACGCACAGUGAUCCACCUGGGUCGAUGAAAAUGCAUGAAACUUCGAAAGUGAAAAGGCACUCUAAUCCAAGUGAGUUUUCCAAUAAUUCUGAAAAGAAGCGUAGGCGCUGGCGAGAAUGGGGCGACGGAACCCGAUACCUCAAACAAGUUAGGGGUUAGUACUGAAUACUGCAAAGAAUAUUGCAAUACACUGCGCAUGGUGACUAAGCAUUGUCAAUGCUUCGAGGCUGACAGCUUAAUGACAAUGAAUGUCACUUAUUCUGUAGCGGUCGUUGAUCACAAUAACUAUCAGUUUCUUAGGGUUUAAACAAAAUUCAACUGCUUUUUUCUCACAUUCUUUUAAAGAGUGUUCCGUACUAUUUCAUUUCGUAUUUAUUAUAGAAUCGUUAAUGAUGCAAUGGAUGAGUGAUUGUUCAGUGUGUCGCUAUGGUGUCUAACAUGUUUUUCAAAUUGACAUGUCUUGGUAUUCGAAGAGAGAUAGAGUAUUCUUAUCUACUACGUUUUCUUGCAUACAAACAAGACCAUUCACGUGGAACGUGCAACCCAUAAAUUUUCAAAGUCUGUCAUUAACCAUUGGCCAAAUAAUGUGGAUAAGUUUUGGAGUGUUGAGUCAGUGCGAUGCCAAACAAUUAUACUUGCUGGACUUAAUUCAAAGUUAUCACAAGCGAGUCUUCCUGGAUCAGCCGCACUAGUCGUAAACGCCUACGUGGGUGUUCUGUACCAAAUCGAUCUACCACGGACACUUACCAUUUGGAAUUUUUACUUCCAAUUAGUCUAUUGUAAGGGUAAUUGAAAAGCAAUUUGAAUAUUCCAGAUUUUUUUUUUUUUUUUUCACCAUUAAACUGAUGUUAAUGUUAUUACGUAGGUACUUGCUACCAAAUCAUUUUUAAAAAUUUUUUUAGUGCAAACUGGUGGUUAAAAAUCUGUGUUGUACUAAAAUUCAUUACAGUGAAACAAAUGUCUCUGUGACAUGAAGUGACAGAGAAGAAAUAUUACUGAAUAAUUUUCUGUAUUCCAUUUUUCUCCAAAAUCAGUCGAAAAUCGGAAUAUUUACAUUGCUAUUUGUUAUUGAUUUUUGGAAAUGCUACGAUAAAUUGGUUGUUGAGUUAAAAAAAAAUUUUAUGCCUAACCAAAAGUAAGAAUAGCUCUAGUUUAAAUACUGACAUUGAAUGAAUACACUGAAAAUGUGCAAUACAAUCGUAAACUGAACAUUUUGCAAAUGAGGCGUGAGUCAUAUAUCACACUAAUGCUCGGUUGAAACCAAACGUUCUGCAUUCGUGUUAUAUUAUGUGUGUACUUCCUGAAACUUUAUAUACAAGACAGCUGUAGAGCUGAUCAAUUAUUCCAUUGAUUGUCAUUUGUUCUGUACAAGUAACCUUAUUGAAAUCUGAUCACACAUUGAAUCAGUGUUCGAGAUUCUCGAAAGACUUAAGCAAUCUGGUACACCAAAAGAUGAUAGAUAUAUGAUUAAUAUGUUGAUACAGAAAAAAUUGAUUUACUGAACAUUUUCUUGUUAUUUAUAAUGGGAAGAUUCCAAGAAAGUUAACAAUUCUAACCGCAGUGAGGUAACCGAAGUGAUAUCUUACAUGUAGUAAUCUAUCUGCCAGUGAAUAUAGUUCAUACGUUAAACUCCCGGUAUAUGACUGACCUCUUUUUUUCAGUAUGUCAAGUGUACAAGGGUAUUUCGCAUUUCCUCAACACUUGGUCAAUUGUAGCAUCCAAAGUAGAUUUACCUCCGCUCUUGUGUAAUCCGUAAAACUUUCCAUUUUUAUAAAGGAUUUGUAAUAUAAAUUGAAAAGAAGAUGAACAAAGGAUAACGGCGACCAAGUCCUGAUUUGCGAAUAUUUUCCCUAAAAGCUGUUUCACUAAUCAAUGACUUUACUUGGUGGAACCUAUAAAUUAUUACAAGUUUUCCGUGGAACAAAUAGAAUUUUAACUACGAGUUGUUAGUGAAAUUGAAUAAUUUCAACUUAUUUAUGUGACUGGCUUCCGAACAGGUAAUUAAAAAUUUUUACUCUGCUAAUACUAAAAAAAAGUUACAGUGGGUGAGGAUCGGUAGUAGGUCGCUUUAGUAUGAAAUGCCUAAUUCAUAAGUACUAAAUUACUUUGUACAGUUAUAAAUUAUGAAUAGAAGAAAAAAAAGUACUACUGCACAAGUGGGUAAAAAUUUCACAUUUCUUUUGGUUAUUCUAAUCAUUAAUACAUAUCCAAUAUACACACAAGUUAGGACGGCUUCGACAAACCUUUUCUCGCGAAUUAAGGAACAACGCCCGAUUAAUAAUUUCGGAGUGGUCUUGCAUAUUUGGAGAAGCAGACAAACCUUCUUCUGUUGCAUGUUAAAUGAAGGAAUUAUAUUGACACUCUGAUAAAGAACGAUAAUAUUAGUAGUUUGCUGAAAUACUUAAAUUUGAUCAUUUCAUCCAUGUAUCAGAAUAAUUCUAGUUUAUGUACAAUACUUACAAGUUUAAACACCCGAGUAAAGUUGAUUCUAAUCCCCCCCCUCUGCCCCGCCAAUUUAGCAGGUCGAAAGUAAGGUUGGUUUUAGCACUUUCUAACCAAUGGCAGCGCCGCAUCGAGUCGAUUCGGAGUGUGUUGUUCAAUGGUCAUAUGUUAGACGACAGCACUGUCAACCUUGAUUCGAACCCCCUAAACUGAAAGUGGUCAAAAUCGACUUCACUUGGGUGUGCAGAAGUAGAUGAAUAUUUGGAGGGGGUAUUAAAUUGCUAACAGUGUUGAGAUGACAAAGAGAAAAUUUUUCCAGUAUAUGAUACUGAAUCCCCUUGUACGUAUUCAUUUGAGUUAUACAGUUUCGAUCCAUUGAUUGAUGAAUAUGGCAGUGCUUUUCAAAGUAAACCUGUAUGCUCGGAUUUCGCAGCUCGCCUAAUGCCAAAAUCAACCCAAUAGCACUAAACUUCAAGCAAUAAUAGAAUAAUGAUUAAAAUUAAAUCUUAAGUACACAUAUUAUUAAAUAAUAAUUCAAUCGUUAGCAAAUACAAAACAUUUUCGUAUGUAAACUUGGAACAACAAAAUUUUUAACAUCAUCGAAAACAAAACUCCAUAUUAAACUCCUAGAAAGUCUAAUUAAUUAUAAUAGAGAAAUUCUAUGAUACAUUUUUUUUCUGUAGAUAUGUAUAGAGAUACAAUUGUUUAUAUUAUUCGAUAGACAAAUUGGUAAUAUAUUUAAAAAUAUAUAUAUAGACCAGCCGAUACAGAUUUUUUCGUAACUUAAAUCUCACCUGAAAACCAACUGCAAGACGAUUUGAAAUAUGGUUUACACAUAAAAACGUGCAGGUUUCUAACUCUUGAGUUUUUUUUUUUUUUUUUUUUUUUUUUUUUUAAGUACAAAUUAGUAUGUAGUAAUGGAAGCGCACAGCACCUUCAAUCGGCUUUUUCGCGCACUCAGACGCUUAGCCCGACGUUUGGAUGCAUUUUUCACCCAUUUCAACGCAAAAUAACGCCAUGGUAUGAACGGACGAUUUGUAGUACAUAAUCUACUAUAAAAAUCCGAUUGAAAAAACGUCCUACUUUUUGGAAUUUUAGGAUUUUUUUUCAUGGCUGAAACAGACCGCAUAGCGUCGAUCUAAAGCUCAUUUUAAUUCUCUAUAACUCUUCUCUACAACUAUCUUCAUUAGUUUUCAUUCUAGAAGUGAAAAACUAGUAAUAUAGAGAAAAAACGGUUUUCCCAUCCUUAUACAGUAAAAAAAAAAAAAAAAAAAAAAAAAAAAAAACCACCGAGUUGAAAGAAUGCACGUUUUCAUCUAUACAUCAUGUUCAAAAUUAUGGGUACAGUUGGUUUUUGCGUUGGACUUAUGUUACGAAAUCGGUUUUAUUUUCGCUGUCGGUUGGUUUAAUAACAUAGUCGAAAUAUAUCAUGCGGUAUGUACGUUGCAAGUUAUAAUUCGACGAAAAUUUGAAUUUGCAACAUGCAUGCUACCAUAGAUUAGUAAUCCAGAAAAAUCCAUAAUUUUUCGCGAUUUCUACUCUUCCCGCGGCUAUACUGAGAUGAUUUUAAGCUGUGCUGUAUAUAAAUAAACCAUACGACGCAUCUUAGGACUAAUUCCUGACCUGCGCCAAUUACAAAGUAUUUUCAUCUACUACGCUCAUCGUCAGCAGAAUAGGCAAUAAGUAAAUUCAAAUGUGCCUCGACCGAAAAAUACAGAAGCUUUAAUCGCACAAUAGUUUAACUUGUUUGGUUUUAUGAAACGAUUGAGAUUAGUUUAAAGGAGUUUUUCUGGUACAUACAAAUAAAUAAGUUCACUAGUAGUCAAUUCGUAUGUGUAACUUUGACGGAUGUGUAUUUCCGAACAUGGUAUUUUCUGUGAAUUCUGCCAUUUCUGCAGUUUAAAGAGGAGAAGAUGAUGGUGAGCUAGAAUGUCGAUGAACUAUUUUGUCCAGUACCUGCAUAAAAAGCUUUUUAGUGUAGAAAUGAAAUUUCGUGUUAUUUGAGUUCUUUUUGGAUUGCUGCAUUCAUAGAAAAUUAUAUUAAUGAACAGCUAUUUUUUUUUCAACUGUCAAGAAAUUGAAGCUAAACUCUGCUUUUUCCGGUAUUACAACCGUGAUUAAACAGUAUAAAAGUAUUCGACUUCUAUGAUUAACGAAUUUGAUACUUGUGUGAGUGAUUUCAAACGGCAAUGAGCUGAGAAGUGAAAGCUUUGGAUUGGAUCCAGGCAUGGGAAAAAGUCCCUGACUAAAGUUAUGCGUAGUAAAAUCUAUAUAGAGAGAAGGUAUAUUUUUACAGGGCUCUGCCCGAGUGAUAAAAGCUCUUCCUAAUAAUUCGCUACUUCAUGGUUCAUUAGUUUGAAGUUCUAAAAGAUUAUUAUCUAGCAAAUUUAAUACCAUGUUCAACAUUCGACACGUGCCGUGACACAACUCGAACAAUGCUGUUUAUGUUUGCGUGGUGGUAAUGUACACAUGUGUACAAGUAUAUUUAUAUAUGGAUAGUUACAGGAUGUUAGCUAAAAAUUUGGAUGAUUUUUAGCUUCCCUCAAUGACCUUAAAUAAUUAUUUAGCAAAUUCAUGCAAGUAGAAGUCAUAAUUUUAUUUAUUCAAUAAUAAAUCAAUAUAAAAACCAUUGGUUAUAAAUUUUGUCAUUGGUCAGCAUUUUUCAAAUCUUGGAGUUGAAGCUUUUCUACCUCCUUACCACAGGCGAGUUCGGUAAUUGUCAAUUGUUAGUUCGAUUUCCUCUGUGCAGGUAUUUUCAAAUAGCAAAGUUUGCGCAGUAAGAAUCUCGAGCACUCCGAGGUACUCAGAGUGGAAUUACAUAAUCCAGUUAAUGUUUACAUUAUUUGUUAUUCUGUAACUAUCUACCAAAUAAUUGGAUUAGAUUUUUAUUUUAUUAAUUGUUUAUGAUUUGAUACAGCAAUGGAAUUAUAAAUUGAUAAAGCCUUGACGGGCCGUGCUGCCAAAUCUUUUUUAUGUGAUCGUAGCUAGUCUACUAUAUGUAUAGGGGCAUCAAGACUAAGUACAUUGAGAAGAUAAUAGCUAUGGAUAUCAAAGUGAACGAAAUGAUAUCUCUUCCACUGUUAUCUUCAAAGCAAUAUAAUCGUUCUAAUAGCAAUGAUAAUAGUAACAAGAAAACAGCAAUAAUAAAACUAUUGUGAAACAUGUUUUACGAGCAUUCAAUGAUAGAUAUCAUAAAACAACUGUGAAACAUCAUAUGAGGUUAUCAAUUUGGUGUCACAUUAUGUAUGUAUGUGUUACCUUUGAUAUCUAUUGGCAUUACUUUCCCAUUUACAUGCUUCAGUCGGGAUAAAAGAACAAUGUACCCUAGACUAUUGUAUAGUGAUGUAACUAAAGUAAUAAUUUAUAAAUUUAUUAAACUGUUAAGGCUAGCUUCCGUUUGCUACGACUGAAGGUCUGUUCUUCCAUGUAGCUUAUUCUAAAGUAUCUGGUCAGGCAGGGAUGGGAAAGGGGGGCGGGGCAUUUGAAUCCAUUCAUCAUCACAAUAGAGGUAGCUGGUCAUUAAGUUAGCUUAAGAUAAAUGGUUAGCAACGUAACAUAACAUGUAAAGCAAUAUACCAGUAACACCUGAUAUCGGAAGAAAUACUCUUUAAUCAGCCGGUUUCCUCAAUAUCACCACCAUCAUCAUCACUGCCGCGGCCGCCGCCGCCGCCACCACCACCACCACCACCACCACCGCCACCGCCACCACCACCACCACCAUCACCAUCAUCAUCAUCAUCAUCAUCAUCAUCAUCAUCAUCACUAUUAUUAUUAUUAUUGUCGGAUAACAUGUACGGUUUUUCCAUGUACAAAUUGUUUUCAACGUUAAUAUCAAAGAAUUUUACUGUAUACACACACAUUGUUAACGGAUCGAUCCUGCUAUAGUGAAGGUUUAAUAUCGACAAACUUUGAUAUCCUGUUUGCUUCUGAUGUAUUUACAUGUAUGCUGACGAUGUAUAUUACUCUAUUAGUCAUUUAGGUACUUACAAUUAAUGCUAGUCUCUGUAAUAAAUCGCAUAAGGUAUGUAAGUAUAUAGUUACCAAGUUCUCUGGUAUUAACGUACAAUUGUGUCUGUUAAGUUUUUGUUUAUGAAAAAUUUGUUGUUUAACCUAAGGAGAAGAAAACAGAAAAAAUUUGGUGAACGAAAGAACGAUGGAAAUGAUAUAUUAGAGGAAGAGAAUGAAAAAAAAAUUAUUUAUUGGAUUUUAAAGGAAAGUAUAGUAAUUUUCGGCACGUGCGAUAAAAGUGGCUGAUGAUGAUUUAUCAAGAAUUCAAACACUAACCGAGGACAAUCAAAAAAUACAUGUUAACGUAACAUUUGAUUUUUUUCCGUUGUGCGACGUGCCAAACAGUUUGAACCUUUCAUUUCUUGGAUGAAAUAUACAUGUAAUUGAUAGUACGAUAUAAAAAUUUUGUUGGCGUAAUAUAUUACAUUAUAUUAUAUUAUAUUAUAUUAUAUUAUAUUAUAUUAUAUUAUAUUAUAUUAUAUUACAUUACAUUAUAUUAUAUUGACUAUUAUUCAAUGGUCAUUAUUAUCAAUGAGUAAUAUUAAUGAAUCACUGUAAAAUGUUUGUUAAGUUUCUUGGCCUUGCUUGCAAUUAAGUAUAAUAUUUUUAAGCUUUAUAUAUACGACAGACUUAUUUUACAAUAAAUAUAGGUAUGCAUAUGUGCAUCUACUGAUAUAUUUACAUACGUACCUAUAUCUGUAUGUAUAAACAUACACGCGUGUACAGUAUAUAUGCAAAAUAUAUACACACAUAUACGUGUAACGAAAAGAAA